AUGUCGGAAUCGUAUCUUGAGAAUCCUUGCAUCGAAUGCGCAGCCAGUAAGCAUCUCCGCGAUUUGCUGCAGGAUGUGAAAACAACUUCAGCCCAGUCUGCGAUCUUGCUUGUCGGUCCAUCCGGCACGGGAAAAUCGUCCCUUGCUCGUCGGGCACUUGACGCAGCCAGUUUUGAUAUUCGCGUCCUGGAUUUUAGAACCCUAUGUCAUGAUGACCCCGUCACGACCAUCGCCGCCGUUCUCGCAGCCUUUCAGCCACGACAGGAUAGUGGACCGCAAGCUGUCCUUUUAGAUGACAUUGACUUUUGGGCCCCUGCCCCUGGAUUUUCGAACGCUAUCACUCCCAUUGAGACUAGAACCGUUGCCGUCUUAAACGACGCGCUGAAGAACUCGUUAGAAGUUGCUCAACCUUUCGUCUUUAUUGCCACUGCAUGCCAUGAGAAAGCUGUACACCCGGCUCUGCUUUGCGUUAGGCGAUUGCGGCACGUCGUACGCCUGUAUCCGCUCGCGGUCGCAGAGCGUAAAGCUCUCGCAGAAUCUUGGAUCCGAAGCCGCUUGAGAGGCAAAAUCAAGUGGUGUGCUAGCCUGGACAUGAUUGCGAGGCAAAUUGCAACUGUGACUCCAGGAUUUGUGCAUGCGGACUUUUCUCGCUUCUUCUCAUUUGUUGAAGAACCCGUGAAUGUGGCUCUAUCGAAGGAGGAUGGGGACGUUUUAAAGAGAGUAAACGAAGUGUUCAGCGACGCAUCUCUCAGCGACGUACUACGCGCUAUCGUCCCUUCCCUACUGGCCAGCGCUGGUGGCGUCUCUUCGUUGAUUUCGAAUGGAAAAUGCACCUCUCCUGAUUCUCUUUUUGGCCUCGACAACGAAAUCCAGCAGUUUCUCGAGUGCAUCACAUCUGUGUUUGCCUCAUCCGCACUUCAAGGAUCAAGCACUGCAGAUCCACAAACGAGAACUUCAAUGGAGAUCAUGAAGACCCUUGGUACAUUCCGGGGCCUUAUUCUGUACGGCCCGACUGGUUGUGGCAAGACUGCUAUGACCAAGCUCGCGCCAGCUCUUCUCCCAAAGCACACGGUGAACUUUUUAUACAUUGAUGCAACUGCCAUUGUCAGCAGCGUCAUCGGGGACGCUGAACAGAAGCUCACUCGUCUCUUCGCGAUUGCGAAUGCAAUAGCCCCUGCCCUUCUUGUCGUAGAAAACAUCGAUAUACUUGCACCCAACCGUGAUUUGAGUGAAGAAGAUGGAGGUUCGGCGGCGCAAGCAUUCAACCGACUACUCAGUACGUUUUUGACACAGAUUGACGGGGUGCAUCGGGGCCAUGAAGGAGCUCCAGUAUUUAUGUUAGCAACAUCCCGAUCCCUCGACCUUAUUGACACGGCGCUAUUGCGACCUGGUCGUUUUGAAAUCCAUAUUGAAUUGCGUCAUCCGGACGCCUCGUCGAGGCUUCAGAUUUUGAAGACAUUCUUGAAGUCCAGAGGCGUAGCACUGCGUGAUGGGUUGGGCAAAACUAUUAACUUUAAUACGAAGGACUUCACUGUCAACUCAAGGGGCUGGACGGCCCCCGAUAUUUUCUCUUUUGGCCGAGAACUGCUAGUAGAUGAGCGGUUUGGGAACAACUUGCCGUCUCUUCAAAAGUAG